GGUAGCAUCUCCCUUGUAGAGAAAGUUCUCAAGGUAUCAUGGCCCGUGCAGAAUCUCCACGUGAGGUAUUUGGAGAAGCAGAUGAGGAUGUGCUGAUUACCUCGAAUUAAUGAUGAAGAAGUGUCUGGCUGCAUUUUGUGAGAAAGACCUGACCUCAAGUUCACAGAGGAUGGUUGAUGAAUCAGAGGAUCUAUUGCCUGGCCCAGACUCUCAGGAGAUGCUGGUGCUGCCACCCAGUGGACAGAAGCCGCUGGUGAACAAGCGACGUCAGCCUGGGGUGAUACCACCCAAGAGAGUUUCACUUUACGGGCUGGUGGAUGGUAAACCUGUAAGGAUAAACCCGAAUGGACCGUGGAACGCACAUGUUUGGGAACGUAUUGUGUUGGUCUCUGAUGGUACCAGUCAUAAAGGGACUCGAGUGGCGAGGAGGGAGAAGAUUCUUCAGAGAAUUACACGCUCGACUCUAGUUAAGCAUUUUGAUUGUGUCAGGCGCGAUGUGUCACGGGGCCAGACGCGCUUGCCCUGUGCACUCUCCCACUUCAGAGAGGGCGACGUCGACUGGUGCUGGAUCAGUACACCCCACAACGACUACGUGCAGGAGGGCGAAGAGCCAAGGCGUGUGGUCAGGAUGCAACCAUCACCUGCUAAAGUGGACGUUCCGAUGCAGGAAGUGAGCCCUCCGGAGUUCGAUCUGCGUCGGCAGCUUCAGGCCGCUCCGUCUGUCCAGGCCAUAGUACCACCAGUGAUGAAUGCAAUAAAUCCACAUGUUUACUUGUAUCCAGGAAAUUUGGAUAUGCAGUAUUUCCCGCAGUUUAUGCCAUUUAACGAAGCUUGGUUUCAAGGGGGGUGUUGAAUAAAGAUUUUCGAUUCCUCCAGACCUGUCUUAUUAUAUAAUAGCAGUUCUGGAUUACAUCUCAAAUCUGUAUGUUAGUGAAACCAGGCUUCAGGGUUCAGCUAGAGGUCUGUGUGUGGUGAUUUGACUCCUGAUCUCAUGCUGCCAUAAAUGAUGUGUGUGUUUCAACUAAUCUGCUAUCCAUGACAAAUUUAUGUUGUAGUUUAACCUUGUAUCGACUUUUUAUGGUGUAGCCUAGGAUGUGAUAAGAACUUCAGGGACACGUAUAGAGAUGUUUAUGUUUGACUUCCUUUGAUCUGAGCUGAAGAAGGAAGAAGGAGGAGGGAAGACCCCCGCCCAUCUGACUGAUACCGGAGGGGGCUGGGAGAGGACCCAAGGCCGGAGAAUGUUUCCGAGGCAGGGGUUGCCAUGGAGACGGAAGGGGGGCUAGGAGGAGAGAGUUGAGGAGAAUAAAAGGGUGAGGGCUCCGUGGAGAGGGUCGGUCUGGGGCUUUUUGGGUGUUGGAGAAGAGUUCGGAGGACAACUGUAACGGUUGAGUGAUCUGACCCGCUGCGUCGGGAAAUCUGGAAUAUUUUUACUUCAUCAUAUAAAAUAAAAUAUUUGCUCCUUCAUAUAAGGGGCUUUAAACGGAA